CAUCUUUUCAACAUUCAUCUUACAUGAGUUCUCAACAAUUUCAUAUUUGUUUUCACUUGUUAAGAGUCCAAAUUCUUAGAUCAAUCAUCAUGUUUCGUUUUCUCUUAUUUGCUUUUAUCUUUGUGGGUUUGAAACAAGAUGGUGCUAAUGCUCAAAUUUACAAAAGAGUGGGAAAUAAGCUCUUACCAUAUUCAACAAUCAUUGUAGAUCCAUUGGGAAAUGGGAACUUCACAACAAUUAAAUCUGCUAUUGAAUCAAUUCCUUUGAACAAUAAACAUUGGGUUGCCAUUAGGGUGAAGGCAGGUACCUACAGGGAAAAGAUAGAGAUUCCACGUGAUAAACCUUACAUCAUACUAAAGGGAGCAGGAAAGAGGAAAACCAUUGUUGAAUGGGAUGAUCAUGCACCAAUCUCACAAAGUGCUACAUUUUCCUCAAUGGCUGAUAAUGUUGUCGUCAAAUCCAUCAGUUUCAGGAAUACAUACAAGAAUCCGAUAAAGAACCAUACCCACAUAGCUGCAGUAGCUGCAAUGAUAAGUGGAGAUAAGACUUAUUUUUUUAGGGUUGGUUUCUUUGGUUAUCAAGACACUUUGUGGGACAACAAUGGAAGACACUACUACAAGCUUUGUACCAUACAAGGUGCUAUAGAUUUUAUCUUUGGUGCAGGCCAGUCUUUGUUCGAGAGGUGUUCUAUAUCUGUUAUUGGUGGUGGUUAUAUAACAGCACAAGGUAGAACGAAUGCAAAUGAUGAAAGUGGGUUUGUUUUCAAAGAUUGUCAUAUCUUUGGUAAUGCAAGGGCUUAUUUGGGAAGGCCUUGGAGACGUUAUGCUAGAGUCUUAUUUUACAAAACAAAUAUGACCAAAAUUGUAGCACCUAGAGGUUGGAAUCCAUGGAGUUUUGAUGGUGAAGAGGAUCAAAUAACAUUCGCAGAAUAUGGCAAUUUUGGACCUGGUGCUGAUACAUCCAAGAGAGUGAAGUGGACUAAGAAAUUGGAUUUAGAAACUGUUGAAAAUAUGGCUAGUCUUAACUUCAUCAACACACCAGAAGAAUGGAUUAAUUAUCAACCGUUCUAAAACUGAUUUGAUGGUGCAUGUAACCUGUAAAGAUAUUGCUGCCAAACAAAUUUCUGUAUACUUUUAUUUUUUUAUGGAUUUCUAUGUACUAUGUUAGAUCAAUUAGACUUAUGCUGGAUAGGACCAUGUUGUGAUAUGAAUUUAACUAGUUUAUGUGACCGUUUUUCUUUUAAUUCUUUUAAUAAUCACUAUAUUUUGUUGUUGGAA